UAUGUCAUCAAGUUCAGCAGUAACUACGGUUUCAACAUUCUCUGAUAAUUCGUCAUUUCUCUCUAUGCCUGUUUCUCAAUGGGAUUCUCAAAAUUCUGCGCCUUCUGAGCCUAUUUUUCUUCAAACCAAAUUGUGUCAGGGCAUAGCUGGUUUAUUUGUAUGGGCUGCAUUAUUUCUGACCUGUACUCAAAUUUAUCAUCACUUGAGAUGGUACACAAAUCCUACGGAACAACGAUGGAUUGUUCGAAUAUUAUUUAUUGUUCCAAUUUAUGCAACACACUCAUGGAUCAGUCUACUGUUUUUCAAUUCCGAAAGUUACUAUGUGUAUUUCUUCACUGUUAGAGAUUGUUAUGAAGCAUUCGUAAUAUAUAACUUUUUGUCCUUGUGCUAUGAAUAUCUUGGGGGAGAAGGAAACAUUAUGUCAGAGAUUAGAGGAAAACCAAUAAGAUCUAGUUGUCUAUAUGGCACGUGUUGUUUGAAUGGUAAAACUUAUACAAUUGGUUUCUUGCGUUUUUGUAAACAGGCUACUCUACAGUUUUGCCUUGUAAAACCUCUUAUGGCAUUUAUAAUCAUAUUUUUACAAGCAUUUGGUCACUACCGUGAUGGUGAUUGGAGCCCUGAUGGUGGUUAUAUUUACAUCACGAUAAUAUAUAAUAUAUCUGUAUCUCUUGCCUUAUAUGGACUGUUUCUAUUUUAUUUUGCAACUCGAGACCUCUUGACACCGUUUGAGCCUGUACUGAAAUUCUGUACGGUGAAGUCUGUGAUUUUUUUGUCUUUCUGGCAAGGUGUUGGUUUAGCAAUUUUGGAGAAAGCUGAUGUUAUAUCACCUAUUAUUGAUAGCAAUGGAACACGCACAUCUGCUGGUACAGUAUCGGCAGGAUAUCAGAACUUCUUAAUUUGUAUAGAAAUGUUUUGUGCUGCAAUUGCUUUAAGAUAUGCUUUCCCCUAUAGAAUUUACUCUCAAGGUUGUGUUACAGAUUCUCGAGGAAGAUCUGUAACUAUGCAAAGUAUUUCCAGCAGUCUAAAGGAAACAAUGAAUCCCAAAGAUAUUAUGACGGAUGCCAUCCAUAAUUUCCACCCUCAAUAUCAACAAUACACACAGUACAGUUCAGACGUCAUCUCACAGCAACCAUAUGAGAGGCUAUGAUAUGUCUAAUGCUCCUUAGAUCCUGCAUGGCCAUUUUUGAUUCUAGCCUAGCUGUCACCACACCAGUUCUACCACUAACUACACUUCUUUAAUAUUCUCAGGUUCCAUACACUAGGAUUUUUCUUUAAAUGUACGGAAUUGAACAUAUCUUGAGCAAUGUCGAUAAACCAAAUGGUACAAAUUAAUAUUUCUUAGAAAAUUUGUGGUUUAAAUUUAUAUUAAGGAUUUUUUGUUGCAUUAAAAUAUUUGAUAUAGGUAAGCUGAAUAACAAAAAUUACAUGUAAUGGUAUAUUAAUUUUUAUUGGAUAUUUAAAAGUAAACUUCAGUAACACUUAUAUGUGCUGGGAAAUGUGGACAAUAUAGCUGGGUUGAAGAAAUUAAUAAAAUAAUAUUUCAUUAAAGCAUAUGUCAGACUAUAAAUUCAGUUGCAACAAAAUCAUGAACACAAUAAUAAUAAUAAUAGUAUGUUCAUGAUUACAUUAUAUUAUCGUCUUUAUAUCUUGUUGGUUACUUGCUACUGUAACAACAGUAUAUAAAAUGUAACAUUUAUCAUAUAUCUUAUUCAUGGCAGUUACCAUUAACGAGACACCCAUACAACUUUAUGUACAAAUAAAUAGUAAAUAUGUAUAUAACCAUGGGUUGAAAUGUACUUGCCUUCCACAAGUGUUAUUAACUAAAAUACAUGGCAAUAUUUAAAAAAUAAAAUUUUAUGCUUAAUA